GGAGUAGGGAAGGGAAGGAGUUCGCGUUCGCCCUAGCCAUAUUGGAACUACACAGAAAACUCUGCCGUCGAGUUUGGUUAUAUCUAUAUUUUCGUUAUUUCCCGUUGUUCGCAAUCAUUUAACGAUCCCUUUUUUAGUUUUAUUCAGUUCCGGUGUUGUUGUUCAUUCCUUUGUGCGCCAGCAUGUUGGGAUUAAGAUAAGACAAUUCCAUUCUAAUAAUAAUGUCAACGUCCCACUGUUGCAUAAGUGCAGAAUUGUUUUCUGAAAUUUAACUUAUUCUCUACUGAAAGAAAAGAUGAAAAUAUCUAUUUUUAUCUGUCUCCUGUCAGUCAGUUUUGUCAGUCUUGAACACCGACUUUGCAAUUUGAACGAGUACUGGUCAAACGAAGAAGAGAUUUGUUUGCCAUGCACAAAAUGCCCACCACAUCAGCUUACAAUGAGACCGUGUCAGGGCCACAAGGACACGGUUUGCAAACCGAUGUCCAACUUGUCGAAAUUGGACCUGCCUUGGGUGAAGAGGAAGCAUCACAAGACAACGAUUCACUUUGAGACUGAUAACAUAGAUGACAACGAUGAUGAUAUAUAUAAGGACAUAUUUAGCAAGCACCUUGACAAACUGGGGCAUUCUAAGAGGCAGAAAGACUUUGAUCAUCGCAAAAAUAAAAAACAUUAUACCUUCGGCCAAAGGGUUAAUGACAAAUUCCUUGACUGGGAUGAUGUCGAAGAAGUAAAUAGUAGGAAGCACAGGAAGCACUCAAUCCUUCCUUUAGAAAACAAACGUCAACAUAUCUUGGAACCUUUAUCAUCGUCUAAAGACGAUGAUGAUGACGACUUUUCAGAUGAAUUGCCACAUAAAAAGCACAGUAUGUUUAGAUUUGAUUCAAAACUUCAAGAAAAAGCCAAUAAAAAAAGUAGUCAUCAUUCCAAAAUAGAGGAUGAAGAUAUUCUUAAACAAUGGUUGAUGCAGUCGAAAAAACAGUUCAAACUUAAGAAGAAAAAUCUUUUAAAAAAUCUUAAAGAUGAAAAGAGUGAUAUAGACAGUGAAGAAAGUUCAUUCUCAAAUAAAGACAGUACAUCAUCAUCGAAAGAAGAUUAUGCAGACAGAAAAAAAAAGGUCAAACUUAAUUAUCCCUUGUAUAAUAACAAAGGAAAAAUUGAUAACUGGCAGCAUUCUAACUCUCAUAAAGAAGUGCAGCACAAAUACUUUGCAGAUGUGGACGAGCAAUUAUUCAAGGACCUUAUAAAAACCGACGAGAGAGAAAUGGAUUUAGCAACUCUUUUAUCAAACAAAAGAGAGCCAUUUUCAUAUAAAUCCGCUUCAUCUUCACACAAUAUGUUUCUCAGUGAACCAUCAUCAAUUUCAGAAUUAAUGGGAAGAUUAAAUAAUCCUGGGGAAAUGAUCAAGGAGGAGGUAGGGAGGAACGUGAUCUACGAAAAAUCAAAAAUCAGCGUACUUCCGAUGCCAAAAGAUAAUGAAGCUGAUGUAAUUUCUGUGCCAUUUACUGCCGCUGAAAGGUUCGUUUGGGACUGGCAAGCUUUAGCCCUCUGCUCGGCACUUUUCGCGUGCCUCGUCUUCUUCAUAGUUGUCGCAAUGUACAGCAUUAUUAACACACGCCAAUGGAAAAGAACUAAAAGAAAUUACACCACAGAACUUGAAGAGAUGUCAACUAGGAUAGCGUUGAUGCAUCCAACAUCAGAGGUUGUAAUGCCUGAAAAAUGUGAGACUUCCAAGAUUGAAAACUUCCCUUCAAACGAUUCGCAAAAGUCCUGAUUCGAGGACUUUCAACGAUUAUAUUUAUCCUCUUUGUAUAAAUGAUGUAUAUUUUCCAACUCAACAUAUCCAUGUCUAACUUUUUUAUUCUGUGAUAUAACUUCUCCAAUUGGCCGAUGAUUACUUUUGUAUUUAAACAAAUAUAUUGUAAUCGACUUUCACAAUAAAGGUGUAUAAAUUGUUAAUUAGGCUUAAAAUUCAAUAUUUUCAGAUAUGACUAACUAGUUUGUUUUUUAACUAUUAAUUUACACUGUAGCAAGAAUAUUUAAGACAGUUUUCUUUAAAUUAUUUUGACUGUAAGCUGAUGAAAUUUGUUGAAAAAUACACUAUUUGCCUUACAAUUAGACUAACCAACUAGAUGUACUGAUUUGGUAUAAACAAAGUUUCAUCUUUACUCAGAAAAAUAAAUAUUCUUUCUUACAAGGCGAUGGGAUACAAACAUCAUUAUUUUUUAUUUUUUUAUUUUUAAAUUAGAAAGUAGCAAAUUUGUGCUUGCUUUUAUGAUUUUGUAUUAAUAACUGAACAAAAGGUUCUUGUUUUAUACAUAUGUAAUAUUGCUUUUUAUAAUAUUGUUUUAAGGUGUAUAUUUUAUUUUUGUUUAUGUUGGCCGUUUAAUAUUUUCAACUAAACUUUUUAAUACAUAACUCAUUUGUGAAACGUGGUGAGGUUUUGAAAGGUGAUGAACUUGUAUGUAGCCUAGAAUAAACAUUGUUGAAUUCACACGAUUAAAUUUUUAUCAACAAUGAACAUUAAUGAAAAGUAUGUUGUAAUCUAUAAUAAUUAUUAAUUAAUAAUAUCAUCCUAGUACUAUACUUUUUAUCAUGUUUUUAAUUUUUUUAUUAAGCAUUUCAUGCCUAAUUUGUCUAUUCUUUCUCCACAAUCUAUGCAUUAAUACUUUUGUGUAAUGUUGUACAAAAAAUGUAUUUACAUAAUUCACGUUUAUAUAAUAUGAUAUAAGAUAAAAUACAAUAUUAUAUAAGAAAAUGUAUUUAUCAUUAAUAAUGAAUGAACAGAACUUUGAGGCAAGCAAUUGUCAAGCGGAGUAUUUCUGUCCAUAUUUCUUUAUGUAAAAACAAGAAACAAUCUAAUUCAAAAAAGGGGAAAAAACAUUUUUAAUAAUAUAAGACCUUAUGGUUUUAUUUAUAUUUGAAAGUUUAAUUUUUCUCUAUUUAAUUUACUUAUAAUAUGUUGUGUUUCAUUUAUGGAUAAUAUACUUUUGAAUACUUA